AGGUUAUAUUUUUAUUUUUGUUGAUAGAUGCUCACUAAAAUCUCGAAAAAUUCCUUGAACAAAUGAACAUUUGAAAUUAAUUACAAUGAUUAUUUCGAAGCAAGAAACAUUGGCUGAUAAAAUUGCCGGUGUUUUAUCAACAGCACCGUCCAAUUUCGAUCUGGACGAUGAAAUUGAUGAGGACACUCGCGCUAAAGUUACUUCAGAAAAUGAUUUUGAAGAACAUGUGGACCAAAGCAGCAAGUUUAGAAAGCAAAACGUUGAUCUCUUGGCUGAUGUUGAUGAACGAUAUGCUGGUAAAAAGGGCAGCAGAAAAAACCUGAGCAGCCCUGUCAGUUCCAGUGACGAUGAUUUUGAUUCAGAAACAGAACUUGAAGCUCCACUCCAAGGGUCUGAUGAAGAUGAGGCGAAUUCUGAUUCAGAAGAACAGUCUGGGGAUGGGGAAGAUUCUGAAGAAUUAACUGAAUCUGAUGGUGGGAGUGAUGAUGCUCAUGAAAAUGGUGAUUAUGAUAUUUCUGAACCUUCCAUGUCUAGUAAUUUCAAGCACAUGGAGCAUGACAAUGUUAUUUCUCAAAAGAAAAAAGGUACUUGUGUCAGAAACCAAAUGAGCAUCUGGGAAAAUUUGUUAGAGAUGAGAAUACAGAUGCAAAAAUGCUUAUUAGCUGCUAAUAAAUUGCCAUUGGGGAGUAAAAGGGAAGAAAUGAAGAUGGAUUCUGGCAGUGAGUUCACAGAUAAAGUUUUUCAAACAAGAGAUAGUCUAGCAAAGCUAUUGGACAAAUUAUUAGAUUUACAAAAAUUUUGUUGGAGCAAGUAUCCUGAAACAAAAAGUUUGAAGAAAAUUGGUAAUACUUCAGAGGAUCCUGAUGAUGAAGAAAUUCCUAGUGAUACAGAUGAGGAAGAUGUAGCAGAAAAUGAAGAUUCAGAUGAAGAUGAGGUUCCUAGUAAGAGAAGAAAAAUAGCUGAUUUUGAAAGUGAACUCAGCAAACAACAUGAAAUGUACAAAAAGUAUAGGACUAGUGUGAUUCAAAAAUGGCAUGACAAAACCAAUAUAUCAGGGAUGAAAAAUAAUGUUACUUCUUAUUCAGUCAUAAAUACUAUAGAACAUGCCUUGGCAGACAAAACAAAACUAGUAAAAAGAACACAACUGAAAAAAAGUGAUUAUGAUAUACUUGGUGAGGAUAAAUCUGAUCAAAACCCAACAAAAUCCACAGAAAAUACAUCAGGAGAAUAUUAUCCUGAAAUCUUUGAUGACACAGAUUUUUAUCAUCAGCUACUGAGGGAACUUAUUGAAGUGAAAUCUGCUGAUAUAACUGACCCAGUUCAUCUUGGACGGCAAUGGAUACAACUCCAAAGUCUGAGAAGCAAAAUGAAGAGGAAAAUAGAUACAAGGGCUACCAAGGGCAGAAAAAUUAGGUAUGCUGUACAUACAAAGCUGGUGAAUUUCAUGGCUCCCAUGGACGACAAUUUGUGGCUGGAGGAAAGCAAAAAUGAAUUGUUCAGUUCCCUUUUUGGGAAAAAUUCUUUGGCUGAUGUAUCAUGAAUAUUAUUAGUCUUGUUUGGCUUCCCAAUUGUACAUAAGUCUCUAAUGAUUAAUAAUAUAAGAUCUAUCAUUAUUC